AUGGUUGCUGAUAUGGGAGAUAGAGUCCACCGGUUUGUGAAUGGUUUGGGGCCACAUUUGGCUGAUGAAUGUUUGACUGCCUCACUUCAGGAAGGAAAGAGGUUUGAUCGCCCUAUUUAUUCCGGACCAGGUCAGAGUUCCAGAGCUCCGAGUUCUCAGUACAGGGGUGACUCCGAUCAGAUUAGACCACCUUUACCACAGUGCACUCAAUGUGGUAGGCUACAUUCGAGACAGUGCCGCCUAGGUACAGAUGCUUGUUAUGCCUGCGGACAGACAGGUUAUAUGAUGCGUGAUUGUCCGUCGAGAGGUGGCAGAGUUCGGGUUCAGGAUAUGGAGGCGAAGCCACCAACUCGUCAAUCCGGUCCAGUGGCGAAUAAGUUCUCAGAUGUGUUCCCGGACGAGCUUUCAGGUCUUCCACCAGAACAGGAGAUCGACUUUGAUAUUGACGUGUUGCCAGAUACAAAGCCAAUAUCUAUUCCUCCCUAUAGAAUUGGUCCUGCGAAACUGAGGAAGUUGAAGGAUUUGCUUGAGAAAGGUUUUAUCAGGCCUAGUUCGUCCCCAUAG